CUCCCUCCGGCUCCCGGGUGAGACCUACCUGACUCGCAAGGUAUAAUUUUGAGAACUGCUUCUGCAGGGACACUAGAGGAUCGGUACGAGGGAAAACGCUCCAGCCUCCUUGGUGGAUGCAACUGAUCCACGUUCUGGCCACCUGCCAGACACCGAGACUCUCAGACACCAAGCAACGUGCUGAAGAUCACACAGCUGACUCAUGGUCUGCCAUAUUCCAACUGAAAAGCCUUAGGAAAGAAGCCCGCUUGGAAGUAACAGCUUUGACGAAUGUGAUUUGGUUGGUUCUUCUAAGAAAGGCCUGCAGCAUGGAAACUGCCUACCUGAAGAAGUGCUUUGGAAAUAGCCUGACCCAGGCCCUGGCGGAGGUGGCAAGAGUGCAGCCCAGUGACCCAAUAGAGUACCUGGCUUACUGGCUUUACCAUUAUGCAGAUGUACUUAAAGCUAAAGAAAAGCAAAGGCAAGAGGAGCUACAGCGUAAGAAGGAGCAUGACAGAAGCCUCAAGAAAGCAAAAAUGACAGAAAUGCUAGAACAAGAGGAAAAGCAGAUUCAACAGAAGUGUGAUAAGUGUCACCAGGAACUGCCCCCCACAGCUAUUUCCUCAGACAAGACCCCAGCCCUGCAGAAAGACACUGCACCCCUGGAGAAGGAGACUAUGAGGCAGGGGCCUCGACCAGGUGUCUCGGGUGUGAUUGCAGACAUGCCUCAACAGGUUUUCUCCUCCUGAAAAAAAAAAGAAAUGCCUGCAAGAGGAGCUCUCACCUCAGCUAAGAGGCUGAGAAGGAGGUGUCUACAGAAGCUCUGGUCUGCUAGCCAUAAAUACCUUUAAUCAUGUGAAGUUUUGAAUUAGCUAUUGGAUAAAAAUGCACUCAGAACCCGAAUUAAAUACAAUUAGUUAUCAAACUGAUGAGGCCUUUUCCUCCUAACAUUACAGGGUGAAAGCACAUGCCUCUCUUGUGCACAUCUUAAUGUUA